UCGGGCACUUCCCAUCAGGCUGGAACCAGAUGAGCCUUAGCCAGGGCCCACCUAGGCCUCCCGGUAAAGGGGCCUGAGCUGGGGAGUGCUGGGGCAUUGGCGGGGCACUGCUGCCAGGGAGCUCGCAGCGGGUGGCUGGAUCUGGCUUGGGCCUUGCUCUGAUGGGCAGGAUUGAGGCCUUGCUCAUGCCAGGCCCAGAGCUGAGGGAGGGCACAGGCCGCCCCUCAGGAGCCGUCUCCCCCACUGACACUCCUCUUUCUCGGCAGCUGACCCCCGGAUCGGCGCCAAGGCCAUGAGCGAGUGAGCGGGUGUCCUCGUGGGGCGGAUCCUGGGCGCCAGUGAGGUCAGGGAGAAUCCAGGCUGUUCCUGCCGGGGAGCCACCAUCUGUGCGGGGUCACCAUGCAGCGCACCGGGUCCCCCAUCACCACGGAGACCGACAUCGACCUCACCGCCGCGCUGCUGCCUUCGGGGGGGACGCGGAGCCAUCAGCACGCCAUCAAGACGGCCGUCAGCGAGACGGGGGCGCUGCCCGUGCCGGGCUACGAGGGGCCCCCCUCUCCUGCCGGCUGCCACUGCUGCAGCCUCGCUAAGCUGCAGACGGGACCCCAGCCUGGCGCCGGCUGCCGGCUCUGGAACGCCCCCUACCCCAAGCUGCCCCCGGGGUCCUGCCCGGGGAAGGGCUUUGGCCAGUCCACACUGCCGUUCAGCUUCGGGACCAGCUCUGCGCCCCCGCACCGAGACCCCCGCCUCACACUGCAGCCCAGCGAGCUGCCCACCGGGACGGCCAGGCUGAGCAGCGGGCCUUGGGGAGAGCCAGGGAGGUGCGGGGGCCUCAAAGGCCUGGAUCUAGAGCUCUGGGAGCCCCCAGAGACCAAGCCAGGGCUGGAGGAUGGGACGGCUCCCCCCUCGGCCUUGGAGAAGCCCCCCAUCCGAGAAGGCUGCUCCCCCUGGGCUGAGGCGCGGCUCUGCCCCGUGCAGCCGGGACGGGAUGUGUCUCCACCAGAGAGUUGCCGUGGGGUCCGGGAAGAGCAGGGCUGUGCGGGCGUCCCUCCCAGCGCAGCUCUCGGCCUCUCGGCGGGCAGGGCGGGCACACGCCGGGCUGAGGGCGCAGGCCGUGGGCGUGACCCCUUGACAUCGGAAACAGCAGCCAAGCCGUGGCGGGACGGCAGCAUCGUGCUGAGCGAGGGCACGAGGGAGCUGGUGAUCGGCCGGGAAGGGACACGGGACAUCCCCCAUCCAGUGGGGAGCGGGCUGGCCCCGUGUGACCCCCCUGAGCCAGAGCCCCCCUCAGCAGACCCACGGGAAGAGGAGCUGCCGCCGGAAGGUCCUGGCGGGACAGAGGAGGAGGCAGUUACGAGUCGGCCCCGGGGCACUGAGCUGGGGAAGCGGCCGGGGACCAGGAGCUCUGUUGGCUCAGCCGGCCCGGGCCGUGAAAGCAGCCAGCCCGUCUCCCAGGAGCCAGCCAGCCAGGCCCAGCAAAUCGGGGACCUGGGGCCCGCGGGUGCCAGCGCUCCCACUAAGACGUCCGUGGAGGACGCCUACGGGAGGCUCACCAAGGCGUGCGGCCUGUCCCUCCUGGAGGAGCUGAGACGGACGUUCCUGGACGCCGAGGGCGGCUGCUUCUCGCUCCUGGAUUCGGGCCUGGUCUUGGGACGAGUGGAGGAGCAUGCGGCGCUGGGGCUGGCCAUCCUGCCCAUGGUGCCCGUGGUCUCCGACUGGAGGAAGAUGUUACACAAUUUCCUGUUCCUGCCCCCUCACCCCACGCUGCUGGUGCCCUACGCCGUCCUGUACGACCGCAACGGCUCCAUCCUCUACCUCAUGGAGGACAGGGACGUGCACGCGGUGGGGCGGCCGCCCGAGGGGCCCGGCCUGGAGGGAGCUCGAGCCCUGCGGGAGGUGCUGAACUUCCUGCGGUUCUGCAAACGCCACCACUUCCACCCUGGGGACGUCGGCGCGGCCUCCAUCUACACGGCCCAGGGCGUCUGCUUUGACCCCAGCAGCCUGUCCAGCAGCGAGGACCCCUACGCCUUCCGGAAGAGCAUGAGAACCUGCGUGCGCCCGCUGCUGGCCCAGCACCAGGGGCUCGCGGGCCUGGACUCCCUGGUGGACAGCAUGUGCCAGUACCUGGAGGAAGAGGAGAACCCGGAGCCCGGCGACACGCCGAGCAGGGGCAGCCCCAAGUGAGCGGAGCCCAGGCCCCACGGCUGCCCCCCACCGGAGACGGGCUGCAGAGAUGGGCGCGCAUCCCUGGGGUGCCUGGAGGCAGAGCGCUGGGAUCCAGCCGUGGACGUUGCUGGCAGGGGCGCCACGGGGUGGGUGGGUGCCCAGGUGUGGGGUACCUGGGGGGUUCUUGCAGCAGGCGGGUUCCGCUGUCUUGCUCCCUGGAGAAACAGGCUCAUUUGCCAGCCCAGCUCGUUCUGAACAGCCGGGGUGUGGGGGGUGAUGUGGCCAAGAUCGCCCUGCUCUGGGUUGGGCCGUCGAUGAAUUCAGCGAGGUGGGAGGAAUGACGCGGACAGUGCUGGCCCCUUGCCUGCAGGGGCCCCACAAACCCUGCAGAUAGGUCCCGGCUCAUCGGCAAGGCCCCCCAGCCCUGGCCAAGGACCCGCGGAACAUUCCAGCACCCGUGUUCCCAAAGAAGGCAGGCCUGGGACCCGAGAGUGCUUGGCUCCACCUUUGGCCUUCACCUCCUCUCGUCACCGCGUUGUGCCUCAGUUUCCCCAUCCCCGUCCUGGGGGAGGAUGCUGCUUUCCUACCUGCGAGGAGCUGAAGGGUUGUGAGGGGGGCUCAGAUCCCCCCUGCCAAGUGCCUUCCGGAUGCACAGCCCCGCAGGUGGUCCCUGAUAAUUAGCACGAGGUAACGAGGAUCAGGGGAAAUGGAUGGGCUUGCAGGCCGGCCAGCCGGGGACUUCAGGUACUUCAAGGACUCACUUUUAUAACUAUGCAUCGCAACCUUUGUAAUAAGUGUAUCCUUCCACAGCAGAAACUAGUCCUUUGACAUAUAUAUAUUUU